AUGGACUCCAGUCUCGAGUUCCUCGGUUCCUUUGACGUUUCUGACUCUCAAGGCACCGUAGUAGCAUCUGCGGAGGAGGUUGACGAGGCACAGGAGGAGGAGGAGUUGUUGUUUUCGGUCCGUUGUCGUACUCGACCAACGCCUGGUACAGAUAGCUCUGGGGACGAGGAGGAGGAGAAGGCAGGAGAUGAAGGGGUGAUAGAUGCUUCAGCUCCACCGACAAAGAAAAUCUUCUCCGACCCAGUAUUGACGGAUUUGGCAGACAACACUAACGCAUAUGCAGCAUCAAAAGGAGCCGGCACAGGAGAGGGAUCGCGCCAAUGGGUAAAGACCACACCUGACGAACUGCGCACAUUCCUCGGCAUCAUUGUCUACAUGGGCGUGUUCAGGCAGAACUCUGUCUCUGAGUAUUGGUCAACCUUCCCUGAAUGUCCUCAACACAACAUCACUACCUUCAUGUCCCUCGUCCGCUUCGAACAACUGAAGCGUUUUUUUCAUGUCUCCAACCCCAACGAGCCUGAGCAACAUUGGUUCUCAAAAGUAGAGCCUCAGGCUUCAUCCGGCCCAGAGCGAGCAGCCGACGUCGAUGGCGCGGGCAUGUCUACUCACACAACAACAUCUACACGGCAGGCUUCAUCCAGCCCAAAACGAGCAGCCGACGUCGACGAUGCGGACACCGCCGACACUGCUUCCUCUAACAAACGCCUCCGACCCCUCCAAAUCAGCUCCGGGUCGUCGACUCUCGUUGAAGACAUGCAGCGAUUGCUGGCAACACAGCCAUCCCAGAUUCGGUUCGACGAGAGCGGCGCUCUGACCACAAUCUGCGCCCAGGAAAAGGUCAUUGAUUUUCGAUCUGUCGGAGCCGCAAUUGAGAAGAUUCUCUCCUCACGAUUGUCUAAGGACAUCACAAUGCUCCAUAUGGAUGGUCUACGAUCAAUGGAGAAGGAAUGGGCGCACGGCAAACGAGAUCAGGCGCUGUCCAAGCAGUUGGAAACACUUGAACGAGAUUACACGGAGGGCAAGCUGCACAACAAAAGACAGCUAUACAAACGCCUGAAGGCGUCGUACCGAGCACCACCGGAGGCAUUGCGCGCCGUUUCGGAACGACAGUGCAUUGCGCGGACAGUCAACAACGCUGCCGUACCCGGAGAUAUCCGAGUUAUCACCAAGGACUUCGAUCUCAUGGCAUUCGAGUCAAUCAUGUCCGUCACCAUGCCAGUCAAGAACACUUGGACUACUUUCCACAAAGAUGAGCUUCUGAACGAGCAUGGCCUUCCGACCCCUGUACAUCUAACGCUUGCCGCUCUGGUAUCGAACAACGACUACACCAACGGAGUUUUUUCCUAUGGCUUGACAUCCAAUGUCGAUACGGUCCGUCAGUUCAAGAUGACAGGUCUUGAUGGAACGGUUGGCCAAGAUCGAGUGGAGGUGGUUCGGAUCUAUGUUAGGCGCUACCUUGACAUAAUACACCAAAAGGCCCGUACAAUCAAGGACUCAGCCACCCAAAGCGCACGUCGUCGACUGCGAUGCAAUCCUAACCCAACGGUGAAGGCACACGACAAGGAUCUGAGGAGGAUCGAAACGGCCGAUCGACAGCUGCGUGUAGAUGUGACAGAAUUCGGCCAUGCUCUCAAGACAUUCGGGGCGGCGACAGACGCAGAGGCAACGCCACCACCACUCCCAACGGCACCCAAGGCAGGAUCAGCACCAUAUCCGCAAGCUACAUCAGCGGGAUCACCUUCCAUCAGGCAGACGCAUGGCCCAGCCGAACAUCCACCAUCGCACAAGCAAAAGAUUAAAAAACAACGCCGACAUGGUUCACAUGCCCUCCAGCGGCGACGACAGAAGUGGCGUCGUUCCAGAUUCCGCUCGCGCACAGACGUGCAAGAUCGCUAUGUGCCGGACACUGUUUUCCUAGAAAAGGCCAGCCCUGUUGAUGUCGUGGAACUUUCAGGAUUGAAGCCGUCGACCCCCCGUCCUUCAAAGCCCAAGGAGCAACCCCCCCGUAUCGACCAAGUGCCUGCCCCCGCUGCCAAGAAGAAAAAGAAAAAACUCCUUGGCGAACCUAAAGGAAUAGCUGGACCCAAGGCCUUGAAGAGAGCGUUCCAGUCUGUUUUCGCAACGGUCACGCUCACGACUGGAUCCCUGCAAGGCUGCCUAGGAAGAUCAACCAAUCUGUCGAAAGCAGAGGUUGCGCAGCUAACCCAACACGUGAGUUCGGCAGUCUCUACCGUCAAUAGCGCCAAACACAUUGUGUACAAGCUUAUCGAGAUGCGCAUUCUACAGCCGCUGAUCGAGACUGGACUGAACCAGGCAGAGGAUGGACCGGACGAGAGCUUCCUAGAGAAGAUCCUGGAUUCCGAUUGGGCGGAAAGGUUUGUCCAAAACCUACUGUCCUUCGUCUUGAGGAAUUCCAUUGUCCCCCAAGGACGUCCACCCGCGUCGGACAAGAGCAAGGAUGCUGUCGCUGAAGCAAUCUCGACGUUUAACGAGUUCAAGAAGACGCUGUGCCCAGGGUUCAAAGCCCUCAACUCAACGGAUCUGGCUUUGAGUAAUAUCAUCGCGGAACUUGCACCCAAGAUCUGCCUAGAUCAGAAACUGCAUUACAGGAGAAUACCGGAGACUCUUAGAACAAAGCUCUCCAAGCUGUCCAUUGAUUGCGAUGGUCUUCCUGAAAUAGAUCAAGAUGGCACCGACGCUGGUGGUGAUGCCGGGGCUGCUGACGUUAACGAGGGUGUGGACGACGACGACGCCCUCAAGCGAUCCAAGAAGAUCAUUUUCAAGCCGGGUCAUAUUCAACUCUGCUGGCGAUAUUUCCUCCUCUUACCAUCAUCCAAGCGGCCCCGGUUCUGCACCCAGGCCAAAAUGAGCGAUUCCUUCAUCGACAUCAACGAGGAAGCGUUGGUUGCGCUUCUCUGGGGAGAGAAGGCAGUUCAGUUGGACAACGUAUGGGAGGACACCCGCUACACUCACAACUGGGCAGCGGCAAAACAGCGUUCUUCGUACGGAGAGGUGAUCAAAGAACUAUUCAUCGGUGACCGAGAUGUCAUCAAGGAAGCCAGGAAUAAGCAGCAGACGACAUACGGGAAGAGGACAACAACCAUGGCUGAGCAACGGCACAACGCCUCCCUCACGGCCCCGACACCACCGUUGCCAUCAUCAACGCCAUCGUCAUCGACGACCUCCACCCCACCGCCUCUUCCCACCCCACGUCAGCAGCCGCGUUCUUACCGCUACGCCCUCAACAACUAUAUCAGGACGGAUGGCCACCAGCUGCAGAUUCUCGCGUAUGACCUUACAAAACCCCGCCAAUCCCCAAAUUACAGUGAGUUUCUUUCUAGGAUCGAGAAGCUUUAUCCAACGCGGCAGCAUCUUAUCGACGCGUUUGGCGACGACCUGGAUUCAGUCAUUGUCGUCGGUAUUGAUCCCGGAGAGGUAGUGAGUGGUGCAUUUUGUUUGACACUUCCCGGUGGAAAAGUCAUCAAUCUGCUGAUCAAGAGGGCCUCCCUAUACCAGCCUACUCUGGCCUUCCGAGAUUGGGAACAGCAUUGGAAAAGGCGACACCCAACAGCUGGUCCAGGCGAUGUUGUCGACUCAUCCCUUUGGACACGGAUUACCGACCUGGACAAGCUCACCACUCUCCCGUCUGUCCACGACCUAGAGAAUUCUCUCCCCUCAACGAACUACGACACCUCGUUGGAUGCUUUGACGGCAGCUCACAAGAAGUACUACGAGCAGGAACCGCUGAUCCACGGGAUUUACGCGUCAAGAGAAUGGAAGGUAGCGGUUCACGAGCACAGAAUGGCGAAAAUGUCGGAGUUGGAUCUGGCCGUCGCUGGCGUUUUGCGGAUGGUGGAUGAGGCAUGUGAGGGCGUACCCAGUGCUGCGCUCGGAUACAAGGCUGCCCUGGUCGACGAGUAUCUUACUUCCACCAUGUGUCCAACAUGUGUGGUUGAGAACCGAGCCACCCGCCUCGCCAAGCCGUCGAUGAGGACAUGCGCCUGUGUUGAGUGCACUCGGUGGAUUCACCGAGAUGGAGUGGGGGCGCACAACAUCGCUUUGAUCGGAGAACAGUACCUCAAGUCUCUAGGACGGCCCGAGCCCCUUGCAAGACCCCCCAAACAAACCUAA